AUGAAUGCCCCCAACGGCUCCUCCCGCACAACAAGAAGCUCCGGCCUCGCCACCGCGAGCAGCAGCACCAGCAGCACCCCAGCAAACAACGGCAACAAGACGAGCCUCUUCCGGAACCACUUCAUGAAGCGGCCAAACGCCGGCACAACAACGACAACAACAACACCUAUUUCUUCAGCACACGAGCCGGAAAGCAUGCGCAUGGACGUCGACACGCAGCGGCAGCAGAGGAGGCGCGAACCGUCGUCGUCAUCGUCGUUGGACCUGGUGGUGCGCGACAAGAACGGGGAUCCCGAGGUGGCUAAUCCGCCGCCGCUGGUGGUGGAUGAUGAGGAUGAGUUGCAGGCGCUGGAGAUGCAGGAGGAGAAUGAGAGUGAGGAUCCCUACUACACCUCCAUUGAGUUUUGCGGUCGAGGCUUGGGAUGA